AUGUCGGUCAGCGUCCAUGAGACCCGGAAGUCGCGGAGCAGCACGGGGUCCAUGAACAUCAGCCUCUUCCACAAAGCCUCCCACCCCGACUGCGUGCUGGCGCACCUCAACACGCUGCGCAAGCACCGCAUGUUCACGGACGUCACGCUGUGGGCGGGAGACCGCGCCUUCCCCUGCCACCGCGCCGUGCUGGCCGCGUCCAGCUGCUACUUCGAGGCCAUGUUCAGCCACGGCCUGCGGGAGAGCCGGGACGACACGGUCAACUUCCAGGACAACCUGCAUCCCGAGGUGCUGGAGCUGCUGCUGGACUUCGCCUACUCGUCCCGCAUCGUCAUCAAUGAGGAGAACGCCGAGUCGCUGCUGGAGGCCGGCGACAUGCUGCAGUUCCACGACGUGCGCGACGCCGCCGCCGAGUUCCUGGAGAAGAACCUCUUCCCGUCCAACUGCCUGGGCAUGAUGCUGCUGUCGGACGCGCACCAGUGCCGCCGGCUGUACGAGUUCUCCUGGCGCAUGUGCCUCGUGCACUUCGAGACCGUGCGGCAGAGCGAGGACUUCAACAGCCUGUCCAAGGACACCCUGCUGGACCUCAUAUCAAGCGACGAGCUGGAGACGGAGGACGAGCGCGUGGUCUUCGAGGCCAUCCUCCAGUGGGUGAAGCAUGACCUGGAGCAGAGAAAGGCCCACCUGCCCGAGCUCCUCCGGAGCGUGCGGCUGGCCCUGCUGCCGGCGGACUGCUUGAAGGAGGCCGUCUCCGGCGAGGCCCUCCUCAUGGCCGACGAGCGCACCAGGCUCAUCAUAGACGAGGCGCUCCGUUGCAAGACCAAAAUCCUGCAGAACGACGGGGUGGUCACCAGCCCCUGCGCCCGGCCGCGCAAGGCGGGCCACACGCUGCUCAUCCUGGGGGGCCAGACCUUCAUGUGCGACAAGAUCUACCAGGUGGACCACAAGGCCAAGGAGAUCAUCCCCAAGGCGGACCUGCCCAGCCCCCGGAAGGAGUUCAGCGCCUCGGCCAUCGGCUGCAAGGUCUACGUGACCGGGGGCCGGGGCUCGGAGAACGGGGUCUCUAAGGACGUGUGGGUGUAUGACACCGUCCACGAGGAGUGGUCCAAGGCGGCGCCCAUGCUGAUCGCCCGCUUCGGUCACGGCUCAGCGGAGCUGGAGAACUGUCUCUAUGUGGUCGGGGGACACACGUCCCUGGCGGGUGUCUUCCCUGCCUCCCCUUCGGUCUCCCUGAAGCAGGUGGAGAAGUACGACCCCGGGGCUAACAAGUGGACAAUGGUGGCCCCGUUGAGGGAUGGCGUCAGCAAUGCCGCAGUGGUGAGCGCCAAGCUGAAGCUCUUUGUUUUCGGAGGGACCAGCAUCCACCGAGACAUGGUGUCCAAGGUCCAGUGCUACGACCCCUCGGAGAACCGGUGGACCAUCAAGGCUGAGUGCCCCCAGCCUUGGCGGUACACGGCAGCUGCCGUGCUGGGCAGCCAGAUCUUCAUCAUGGGAGGUGACACGGAGUUCACGGCCGCCUCAGCCUACCGCUUCGACUGUGAGACCAACCAGUGGACGCGGAUCGGGGACAUGACCGCCAAACGCAUGUCCUGCCACGCCCUGGCCUCGGGCAACAAGCUCUAUGUGGUGGGGGGCUACUUCGGGACCCAGAGGUGUAAGACCCUGGACUGCUAUGACCCCACCUCGGACACGUGGAACUGCAUCACCACCGUGCCCUACUCGCUCAUCCCCACUGCCUUUGUCAGCACCUGGAAGCACCUGCCCUCGUGAGGAGCACCAGCAGAGCCCAGCCAGACUCUGUGUGUCUCUCCCACCCCUGCGGCUGCAGCCCUCACUGUCCCAGAGUGGCCCUGACCCCGCCGGCCGCCGCAGGAAGCUCAGCCCGGCCCCGGGGCGGCGCUCGCGGUGGGAGCAGCGGUCUCGGGGGCUGUCCUGAGCUUCAGACAAGAGGAGAGAAGCUGUCUGGAGUGCCCUGUGUGUCCGCCCGAGGCCUUUUCCGCUCUGCGGUGGUUUGUAGGGGAGAAGACCUUCCGGAGGCACACAGACCGACCUCAGGAGUCCCUCAGCCUCGGGGAGAAGACACAUGUGCAGAGCCUUGAGGUGGCCUGUUGCAGCAAGUCCUGUUCGGGGGCAGGGAGCCCGGGCAGGGAGGAGCCCCCCCGUGGGUUGGGGUGGGCGGUACUGGGAGGCCUUCAGGUCACGCAACGCCGACAGCACCGCCUUGGCCUCGCUGCCUCCCUGUUGUCAUUGUGAUGUCACCCAACAGAGGGUGUCCCGGGCCUCAGGGAAACGGGGUCCACCGGGCCUGAGAGCACAAGUUGCCUGGGAGGAAAUCGAGGACACGUUGUGUCACGGGCAGAAACCCAUCGGGUGACCUCAGUGGCACCCACAAAACUUCAUUAGCAAAUGACACCAAGACCCCCAGGGUUAAAGAGGAAACUCUUGUGGGCCCCUCCCCAGAGUCAGGCCCGCCGGGCCCAGGUGCACACGGAUACUCAUGCCCCGUCACAGCAGGACUUGGGGGCUGCCCAUCUCCUCAGGGCCCACACCCCAAGAGGUGGCAGUGAUCCCAUCUCCUGACAGGACCAUACUGGCCCACGGGAUGUGGCCCUGCCCCCCAAGCCUAGGGGCAGAUAAGAGCUGACGACCGCAGGGUUACUCCGGGGCACCCAUCGAGAUCCCAGCAGGCCUGGCCGCCUCAGCAUGGAGGACAGCAACAAGGCCUGUGACCCCGGGUCCCCAACCAGCACCAGCUGUCCUCUGGCAUCUGGGCCUUCCAGCUGGCCCAGUCGCUCCCUGGGCCCCAGAAGCAAGACUAGUCCCCAGGAGGACUGCCAGUUCUUGGCUCAUUUUCUCCACCCCCGAAGUCAGUGGGUCCCUCAUCAGUGUAUCCCCAGUGUCUGGGGUUCUGGAGGGAUCAGCUCACACCUAGUUUUCGGGUUUGCAGUGCAGCCCUUGCCACCUGCGGGCACCGCUGUGGGGGACGGGGCCGGGGCCAAACCGGUGGCUUCCCUGGCCGCCUGCCAGCUACCUGCCAUUUGCUUGAUGCUGCUCGGCUGGUCCGGGGCUGGGGCGCCCCCGUGGGCUGCCCUGUGGUGGGGCCGCGUCACAGACCCGCCGCUGUCAUCCUUCCGCGGCGCCCCCUCGCAGGACCUCGUGCUGCCGCUGGCCCCGUGGGCAUCUCUUGGGGUGGGCUCUGGUCCCGGGGGAUGGCGCGGCGGGGGCGGCGGGGGUGGCGGAGGGAGCCACUCGCCCCGAGGCCCGGGCUUCUGGACGGCCGCGGUGGGGCACACACAAUUGUCACGUAGCACCACGGGCCUCGCAGUGGUGCUUCCCCCAAGAGUUGUGUUCCUUCUGUUUCUAACUUAAU